GUGCGUGUGUGUGUGUGUUAUUAACAUAAGUGUGUUUGUUGUUUCAGCAUUGAAGACUCUGAUGAACAGAGGGUUAUCAGGUGCGGUGGAGCUGUCCGUCCCUCCGCCGGCUCUGCAGUGUAAUGAGUCUGUGCUGCUGCUGGAGAUGGAGCGCUGCGGGGACACGUUCAGAACCGACAUCAGCUCCAUCCACCCGGAACACAGAUGCAACCUCACACACUUCAUCAGGCAGUACCACAGCUUCUCCCUCUGCACGGAGCUGAACUCGGAGCGUGUGGGCUGCUUCUGGCCGAACCCGUGGGUGGAGCGCUUCAUCCUCCGCCAGCACCGGCUGCUCUUCUCCAGCUGUAGGGUGGAGCGGGUGGAGCUGCUGGACCCGCCCGAGGGCACGCUGGCACUGCUGAUCCUGCUGCCCGUGGGCCUGACGCUGGCCAUGGUGGCGCUGGUGGUGUGGUGCAGCAAACGCAGCGAUAUACUGGCCUGACCCGAUCUCCAGCUGCACCCGGGGAGCCCACACACACUCAUACACACACACACUCAGCCUGACACUGGCCAUGGUGGUGCUGGUGCAGCAAACGCAGCGAUGUACUGGCCUGACCCGAUCUCCAGCUGCGCCCAGGGAGCCCACACACACUCAUAUACACACACACACACACACACACACACACACACACACACACACUCAAUAUUUAACGCUUUCAUCAAAGGAGGUGCAGGAGGAGCGCUGGGCUGAUGCCUCAUUCACACUAGCGGUGACUGUAGCUGCAUCUGCUGCAGCAGGAGAACACAGCCGGCCUCUGCAGGAGCUAAGAGAGGAUCACCUGAGCUCUACUGCUGCUCCUAUUGGCUAAGAAACUCGCUCUUCAUUUGCAUAAAUCUGAAGCGUUCUUAACCUCGCUCGACACGCCCACCUGCUCACCGACAGCCGCUGACGCUCACGCAGACGGAGGACGGUGGAGGUCACUCGCUCUACACUGAAAUGAACAGUCGCUUGUCUCUUUGCUGCUGCGAGUUGCUCGUAGUGUGAAUGAGGCUUGAGUGUGUGUGUGUGUGUGUGUGUGUUUGUGUGUGUGUGUGUGUGUGUGUAUCUGGAUUCACACACUUCAUUUACAGUAUUCCACAUUAUUCAAUAUUGAACAGAGAGAACACACAGUCUUACACACCUCUCACUGCUAUAGCGCUCUUCUCACUGAGAGUUUAGUGUUUCCAGUCCAGAUAUCUGAAAACUCUUACAUCUCCACACAUCUGAGCCCUCACUUUCAGAUUGCUUUAGUAAAUUAAUCCUGCUGAUAAGAUGAUUCUGCUUGUUUUAAUCAGAAACUCUCUUCAUUAUAUUUCUGAACACAGCACUGUAUUCUAUUCUGGUCUAGAAGAAGCUUCUGCAUUAAAGAGCUUCAGAUAUUUGCUCUAGAAACAGGACACAAGUCAAGUUUUUACUUUAGUAAUGUUUAAAAGGCUCCUGUUUUACCCCUGUACUAGAGCUCAGAUGAGUGUUUGGUGUCUGCAGAAGGGGUCUGUAAAGUUUCAGCUCAUCUGUUAUCGCCUCCAGAAUCUGCUCACUCUGCUGUCUGAGUUCACUGUAGCUGUUUAUAAAGCCUGUGGCUUUAAAUGCAAAUGAGCUGCUUCUCCCCGCCCACCGCGUGUGUGUGUGUGUGUGUGUGUGUGUGUGUGUGCGUGUGUGUGUGUGUGUGUGUGUGCGCGUGCGUGUGUGUGUGUGCUUCUCAUCAUGCGUUACAUCAGAUAAACAGCAGUCAGUGAAAGACAGACACAGAUAAGGCUGAACUACAGCUCAUGAGCAGGCCCAGACUGACUCUGCGGAUAUCUUUUACGCUUUCUGUGGAGAAUUUGGUAAUAAAUAAUCAGUGGAUCUCUGUGAUAUUAUUUCAGGAGUUUCAUAACUGCAAACUUAAUUUAUGAAAUAACAAAUAACAGCUUAUUAACUUUUAAUGUUUACAAUGUAAAUCCAUCUAGAGCCACUUAUUAGGCAAAGCGAGUCUGACAUAUAAGAUCUGUACUGAAAGACUGAACACAUUACAGCACACACUCCUGUAAAUAAAGCAUACCAACACUCAUAUUAGCCUACAUUAUCUCUGAAAUUAGUUUACAAACUGAAGAAAUAGAAAUUGGGGCAUCACAGUGGCGCAGUGGGUAGCACAAUCUGCAAGAAGGUCUCUGGUUCGAGUCUCGGCUGGGUCAGUUGGUGUUUCUGUGUGGAGUUUGCAUGUUCUCCCCGUGUUGGUGUGGGUUUCCUCCGGGUGCUCCGGUUUCCCCCACAGUCCAAACACAUGCGCUAUAGGGGAACUGAUCAACUAAACUGGCUAUAAUGUAUGAGUGUGUGUGUGUGUGUGUGUGUGUGUGUGUGUGAGUGUGUAUGGGUGUUUCCCAAUGAUGGGUUGCAGCUGGAAGGGCAUCUUCUGUCUAAAACAUAUGGUGGAUAAGCUGGCGGUUCAUUCUGCUGUGGUGACCCCUGAUUAAUAAAGGGAGUAAGCUGAAUGAGAAA